UGUUUUUUUCCAGAUGCAUUCGCGAAAGCAGCAGCAUUACGUCUAUUGGAGGCAGCUCGUACUGGUGACGUGGAGACAGCUCGCGCCCUACUGGACUCCAGACCUCGGCUCGUCAAUUGCAGAGAUGUGGAUGGAAGGCAUUCAACACCGCUGCACUUCGCUGCAGGAUACAACCGUCUCCCUCUCGCGCAGUUGUUGCUGCAGAGAGGGGCUGAUGUUCACGCUAAGGAUAAAGGGGGUCUGGUACCAUUACACAACGCGUGUUCAUACGGUCACUAUGAGGUGACAGAACUCCUGGUGUCAGCGGGAGCUGGAGUCAAUGCUGCGGAUCUCUGGAGGUUCACGCCGUUGCAUGAAGCUGCUGCUAAAGGGAAAGCGGAUAUAGUCAGAUUGUUACUUAAGCACGGCGCGGAUCCGACGCGUCGUAACCGCGACGGCCUCACGCCGCUGCAGCUGGUGCGUGCGGGGGACUGCGACACUGCGGAUGCGCUGCGCGGUGAUGCCGCGUUGCUUGACGCUGCUAAACGCGGGGAUCUCGCAAGAGCCAAGAAACUGAUAACAGCACAGAAUGUCAACUGUAGAGAUGCACACGGCAGGAAUUCAACGCCUCUACAUCUUGCUGCGGGUUACAACAAUUUGGAGGUCGCAGAAGCAUUACUAGAAGCUGGAGCGGCUGUCUCCGCACGUGAUAAGGGUGGACUUGUACCCUUACAUAAUGCAGCUUCAUACGGACAUCUUGAAUUAGCAGCGUUACUGUUGCGCGCCGGCACUCCACCGAAUGCAGCAGAUAGGUGGGGCUUCACACCUUUACAUGAAGCUGCGCAUAAAGCACGCACACAAUUGUGUGCGUUAUUGCUGGCUCACGGCGCAGAUCCGUUCCUCAAGAACCAAGAAGGUCAGACAGCACUAGAGCUGGCGGGUGCAGACGACGUGCGCUCUCUGCUGCAGGACGCGAUGACUGGCGCUGCAGGAGGUGCGGGGAGUGCGGGAGGUGCGGGGGGCGUGCAGGCCCCGCCCCCGCAACCGCCGGCCCCGCCCCGCCUCCCUAUACGUCUGCCAUCCGGAGAGACUGCUACACUAGCGCCACCGGUGAUGCCUUCCAACUACUGGGCGGAGGGUUCCCGCGGCAGUCUGGAGGACGCGGCCGGCAGACCUGCCUCCGCACUCUCCACCUCAGAGUGUCUGCAGACCUUCCUUGCUAGGAUCGGUCUGGAGCAGUUGUGGUGCGUGUUGGAGCGCGAGCAGAUAUCUGUCGACAUAUUGUCUGAGAUGUCGCACGAGGAUCUGCGCGCUGUCGGCGUCGCCGCGUAUGGACACCGGCAUCGCCUGAUCAAAGCCGCGAGACAUACGCUGCACACACAGUCAGAGUACUACGGAGGCACGACGCUGGUGGAGGUGGUGCCGGAGGAGUGUGGGGGCGGGGCUGGUGCGGCGGGGGCGGAGGGUGCGGGGUGCGGGGAGUACGGGAUGCUGGAGCGAGAGAUGCAGGACUCUGUGCGCGCACACCGCGACCAUGUGGGAGGACAGUUCUCAAGAUAUCGUGUUGUUAGGAUACAAAAAAUAGUUAACGGACGUCUCUGGGAGCGAUAUCAGCACAGACGUAACGAGGUGUCUGAAGAGGCGGGUGUACCAAACGAGAGGAUGCUGUUCCAUGGAUCACCAUUCAUAAACGCUAUCGUUCAGAAAGGCUUUGAUGAACGACACGCGUAUAUCGGUGAGUUGACUAAUAAUGACUUAAGUUGA